UACGCAUACCAGCCGAGUGUCCAGUGUCCUUGUCCUCUGCACCCACCACUAGUCACAAGUGUGCGUCCGGUUCCAGUCCCAGUCCCACCUGAGUGCUGCCCAACUGCUCCCCUGACUGAAUCUUGGUGGGAGAGGAGAGAUGGGCCUCGGCGGCGGCGGCGGAGAUGGGAUCCUGGCCGUGGUGCCGAUGGAAGCCAUCCCGAUGGCGGAGCCGCAGAUCGUCGCCGGCGGCAAGACCGUGGGCCUGCGGGCGGACCUGCUCGACUGCCAUAACUGCCGCCUCCCCCUCAAGCCCCCGAUAUUCAAGUGCGACGCCGAGCACCUCGUCUGCUCCUCCUGCCGCGGCCUCCACGGCGAGGCCUGCGGCGGCCGCGCCGCCGUCCACUCCGCCCUCGCCGACAUCUUCGCGGCCGCCGCCACGGUGCCCUGCGGCUACGAGCGCUACGGCUGCGACGCCGGGGGCGUGGUGUACCACGAGGCCGCCGACCACCGGCGCGCGUGCCAGCACGCGCCCUGCUGCUGCCCGGACCGCGCCGGGGCGGCCGGCAUCGGGGGAUGCGGCUUCGUCGGCUCCCGCCAGGAUCUGCUCGACCACAUCUCCGGCCCCGACCACUCGCGCCCCAUCAUCGUCGUCCGCUACGGCCAGCCGUGGAACCUCAGCCUGCCGCUCUCGCGCCGCUGGCACAUCCUCGUCGGCGAGGAGGACAAGGCGGUGGCCGCCGCCGCGGGCGCCGACCGGCACCGCAACCUCUUCCUCGUCUCCCUCGGCGAGCGCGGCGCCACCACAGCCGUGUCGCUGGUGUGCGUCAGGGCGGACGGCACGGCGCCGAGCGCGCCGCAGUUCGCGUGCAAGCUCGCCGUGGAGAGCGACGGCUGCAGGCUGACCCUGGAGUCGCCUCUGGUGUGCAGCAGUUCCCUGUCCGGCGGCCUGCCCACCGAGGUCAAGUGCUUGCCGGUGCCGAAAGACUUUCUCUCCGGCGACAGUGUCCCACUCAGCAUCCACAUCGAGAAGCUUCUGGCUCUCCCUGCUCCUCCUCUAGGACUAGGAGUGUCGCCGGCCGCUACAUCUCCUGUCGCCGCCACCCCUCCUCCUUGUCCGGCCGCCACCAUCCCGCCUUCUCGUCCGUCGUCCGGCUCCUCCGACAACGUCGCAGUCAAGACGGUGAUAACAGAUCAGAGCUACAAGAAACGGAAGUCUGCCAACCCAAGGAAGCUGUAGGGAGGACGACGAUGGGCUGGAGUAGUACGAUGAUGAAUGGUCGACCAGUAGGCAUAGCAAUAAGCUACGUAUUAUUUUGUAAUGUGCAAUCAGUGUUCUGUUUCUUUAAUCUGAUGAAGUCCAUGGUUUUUAGUCUGAAAUAACCAGACAGCCUGCAUUCCCUU